GCACCGCGCGGCGGAAGGCGGAAGGCGCGGAGGGAAGGAGAGAGGGAGGGGGAGGCGGCGGCCAUGGAUGACCAGGGUUGCCCGCGGUGCAAGACCACUAAGUACCGCAACCCCUCCUUGAAGCUGAUGGUCAACGUCUGCGGGCACACGCUAUGUGAGAGCUGUGUGGAACUGCUGUUUGUGAGAGGGGCUGGGAAUUGCCAGGAGUGUGAUACCCCCCUGCGGAAGAGUAACUUCAGGGUACAGCUCUUUGAGGAUCCUGCUAUUGACAAGGAAGUGGAAAUUCGGAAGAAAGUGUUGAAAAUAUACAAUAAAAGAGAGGACGACUUUCCCAGUCUAAGUGAAUAUAAUGAUUUCCUGGAAGAAAUAGAAGAAAUUGUAUUUAACUUAACCAACAAUGUGGAUCUGGAGAACACUAAAAGGAAAAUGGAGCUGUACCAGAAGGAUAACAAAGAAGUCAUUCAGAAAAAUAAGAUAAAACUGACGCGGGAGCAGGAAGAGCUGGAGGAGGCUUUGGAGGUGGAGCGACAGGAAAAUGAACAAAGGCGACUGCUCAUACAGAAAGAACAACAACAACAACAGAUGCUAAAAAGGAAGAAUAAGCAGGCGCUCCUGGAUGAUCUGGAGAGCUCCAACCUUCCUGCUUCACUGCUUUUAGCUCAGCAUAAGGACAGAUCUACUCAGCUAGAAAUGCAACUGGAAAAACCCAAACCUGUCAAACCAGUCACAUUUUCCACUGGCAUCAAAAUGGGUCAGCAUAUUUCACUAGCUCCUGUUCAGAAGCUAGAGGAAACUUUGUAUGAGUAUCAGCCUCUGCAAGUGGAGACAUAUGGACCACAGGUUCCAGAACUUGAAAUGCUGGGCAGGCUGGGGUAUCUCAACCAUGUACGAGCCGCCUCUCCGCAGGAUCUGGCUGGGGGCUACACUUCUUCCCUUGCUUGUCACCGAGCCUUACAGGAUGCUUUCAGUGGUCUUUUCUGGCACCCCAGUUAGCCAGUGCGCAUUAGCCCUUAGUCACGGGACACCGAAUGGAGAGAGAAGCAAAUCAAACCAGCAAAGGUUGGGUAAAAUUGCUGCCAUCUGCAUAAUGGCUAAGUUGCAGUCACUUUUCUGCGUAAAACCAGCUGUGUUUAAGUGUUAAAGGGGGAAAGGAAAAAAAAAAAUCUGCACGAGAGCUUUGUAAAAUUGUAGAUACAUUUUUGUGGAGGGGGAAACUCGUUAGUCAUGUGGCACUUUGCUGAGGGAGGCUGAAGCAAUAAGCCACAUCUAAUGGAAGAUGUGAAUAACUCAGCUGUGUAUGUUUGAGGUUUAAAGAAACACACUUGUAAAUUUUUUCUAAAUAAAGCCAGACUUUUUUAUUAAA